GGAGCCCCAGGCCACCCGGGACUCUACCGUCCUCUGCAUCCCGCCAGCAGCUAGGACGACCAUGGCGAACAGCCACCGCCUCCUGCUGGAGAACGCGCAGCAAGUGGUGCUGGUGUGCGCCCGCGGCGAGCGCUACCUGGCCGGGCCGGCGCUGCGCAGCCUGGCGGUGCUGGAGGGCGCCAGCCUGGUGGUGGGCACUGAUGGGUUUAUAAAAGCUAUCGGCCCUGCUGACGCUAUCCAAAGACAGUUUUCUGGAGACACCUUUGAAGAAAGAAUUGAUUGCUCUGGGAAAUGCGUCUUACCAGGUUUGGUGGAUGCGCAUACACAUCCCGUGUGGGCUGGUGAGAGAGUCCACGAGUUUGCAAUGAAGUUGGCAGGGGCCACGUACAUGGACAUUCACCAGGCCGGAGGCGGGAUCAACUUUACGGUGGAGCACACGCGCCACGCCUCCGAGGAGGAAUUGUUCCGCUCCUUCCGGCGGCGGCUGCAGUGCAUGCAGAGGGCCGGCUCCACCCUGGUGGAGUGCAAGAGCGGCUACGGCCUCGACCUGGACACGGAGCUCAAGAUGCUGCGCGUCAUCGAGCGCGCCCGGCGGGAGCUGCACCUCGGCCUCUCGGCCACGUACUGCGGGGCUCACUCGGUCCCCAAAGGAAAAACCGCCAUUGAAGCCGCUGAUGACAUCAUCAGUAACCACCUACCAAGGCUGAGAGAACUCAGAGAAAACGGGGAACUUCACGUUGACAACAUAGAUGUGUUCUGUGAGAAAGGUGUCUUUGAUCUGGAUACCACCAGAAGGAUUCUUGAAGGUGGGAAAAAGAUGGGGUUACAGAUCAACUUCCACGGGGAUGAGCUCCACCCGAUGAAGGCUGCCGAGCUCGGGGCUGAACUAGGAGCACAGGCCAUCAGUCACCUGGAGGAGGUCAGUGAUGAAGGCAUCGCCGCCAUGGCUGCGGCCCGGUGUGCCGCCAUCCUCCUGCCCACCACGGCCUACAUGCUGAGGUUGAAGCAGCCUCGAGCCAGGAAGAUGCUGGAUGAGGGAGUCAUAGUUGCCCUGGGCAGUGAUUUCAACCCCAAUGCAUACUGUUUUUCAAUGCCCAUGGUCAUGCACCUGGCCUGUGUGAACAUGAGAAUGUCCAUGCCAGAGGCCUUGGCCGCUGCCACCAUCAAUGCGGCUUAUGCGCUGGGGAAAUCCCGCACACACGGAUCUCUGGAAGUUGGCAAGCAGGGCGACCUCGUCAUCAUCAACGCAUCCAGCUCUGUGUGUCACUCUGGCUCUGACUGAUUCUUUCUCUGACUCAUGGAAUCAAACGGCUCUCAACGCCUCCACUCGGCUGCUCUCUUCCUGAGUUCUUCAUUCUCCCCCGAGGUCUACGACCUGGGCCUCCCAUGCUGCAAGUUGGCUCCUAGUGUCUAAAUCUAGAUGCUGGCGAGGUUAUGUCUCUUUUGACUCUCACGAGCCUGUCCCAGUCCUCGGGCCCCAUGUUCUCUAGAGGAGAGCAGCUCCAUCAUUGUACUCCUUCUGGAAGAAUCGCCUCCUUCGACCAAAGAUACUAUGGACGUGCCACUCAUGAAUCAGUUUUUUCAAGUUCAGGGUCUGCAGAACUGGCUCAGUCCAUACAACACUGGCUGUGUGAGCAUGAGGACCUGAAGUUUAGCCCCGGUGCCCACGAAAAACACCAGGCUUGGCACGGUGGGCCUGGGGAAACAGAGAUGGGGGACCCCUGGGGCUCCCCCAGCCAGUCUAGUCAGACCGAGGGACUCCAGGUUCAGUGACAGACCUGCCUCCAAAAGUAAGGUGGGCAGUGAUUCAGGAAGACACCCGAUGUGACCUCUUGGCCUUCAUGUGCACCCACACAGGUGAGCAGGCAUACCCUACAUGUACUCAUAUACACAAACGUACAUGCUCACACGCGCGCACGCAUGAGCACACAGAAUUCACUUUAAAUCAUCGUGUGCUGACACAGUGAUGCUUUUGACU